CUGAAUACGUUUAAGUGUGUGAGUGUGCUUAUGUGUGUAUGAGAAAGAGAGAGAGAGAGAGAGAGAGAGAAUGCAUGUGUGCGUGUGUGGGUUAGUGAAAGAAAGCCAGAGCAAGAACGCUUCAUUCUGGUCGUUCCAGCUAGACCAAGGCAACAAACCACAGCGUUCCUGCGUCUCUGUGUGUGUGUGUGCGUGUGUGUUUGGGUGCAUGGCGGACACGAACUCUUCCUCUUGAUGCACGGGCUGUACAGUGGCGUGUUUAUCUAGACGAAAAUACGCACGCACUCGGAAAUGCGCUUGAGGCGAGCCGCGAGCGGACUGACGCGCUGAUCUGGAGAGGAGCCAAAGCACACGCCGCAUCGAUCCCGUGUCCGUGACGCCCCGCUGUUCCCAACCGGCUCGUGCGGAUGCACAAGCAAAAACCCCUCUGUAUCAAGACUGAACGAAAGAGGGACCAGGUGUGUGUGUGUGUGAGUGAGUGCUUCCUUUGUUUUGUUGUUUCUCUCGUUGUGAUUCAAUGCCGUGUACAAUGCCAACGGCGUGCGUCGGAACAGAUUUUGCGCAAUUGCGCCGCGGCUCCACAACGCCGUGGUUCUGAAGGCUGCUCCGGUUCGCCGCCACACCUACCGCUCUACCGUCUUCUCCUCCGAUCUGUCUCUUUCACAGCACGUGCACCGCGCAGGGACGCUUCUUGAGCAUUAGAAAUCGUGCAAAAGGAAGGAUAAAAAGAAAGCAACAAAAAAAGAAGGAAAGGGCAAGGUGUGUGUAUUGUGGCGUGCAGGACGACAACGAGACGGAUGUCGCCGCAGAGGCUUGUGUGAUCUAAAGACGACGCAGGUGUCAAAAAAAGGGGAGAAAACCGGACAUUGCAAAGCCAUUCAGCCCGGAGACGCACCAGCGUUGUUCGCACGCGCGCGUUAGAGCCUCGGGGUUUUUUUUUCUCUCUCUCAUCCCUAUCCGCAUCCUGUACCACGAGACCUGGUUAUCAGCGACGUAGAAGUUAGCAGUUCUGGCAGCCGAUAUCAUGACAACCCACACCUUCUUCCUCCUGAUUCUCCUGGCUGUUCUCCAAUUGGCUGCCUGCUCGUUUCCAGAGGAACCAGGCCCUUUAAUCUCCACCCCUGCUGAGGUUGCCAGGCGUUACCCUGUGUUUCUUGGCCGAGCUCAUCGCUCGUACAUGCGGCAGGAGCCGCUGUACAUUCAGACAGUUCUAAAGGUCAACCGUACACUGUACAUCGGUGCCAGAGAUGACCUUUACCGUGUGGAACUGGACCAUGUAACAGGGGAUGAGAUGUUCUACAGCAAAAAACGAACAUGGGAAUCCAAUAAGAAUGACAUCCGAAUCUGCAGGAUGAAGGGCAAACAUGAGGAGGAGUGCCGCAACUAUAUGAAGGUAUUGCUGAAUCAACAUGGCGGCCUUUUUGUGUGUGGGACCAACGCCUUCAACCCGCUGUGCGUCAAUUACACCAGAGACACUCUGGAAAUGGUUGGGGAGCCCAUAAGCGGAAUGGCCAGAUGUCCGUAUGAUCCCAAACACGCCAACGUGGCUCUGUUUGCAGAGGGCAACCUUUUCACGGGCACGGUGACGGAUUUCCUCGCUAUCGACGCUGUCAUUUACCGGAGUUUGGGAGAUAGCCCUACUCUUCGCACCAUCAAACACGAUUCCAAGUGGUUUCGAGAGCCUUAUUUUGUGAGUGCAGUAGAAUGGGGUCCUCACAUCUACUACUUCUUCAGAGAGAUGGCGAUGGAGUUUAAUUAUUUGGAGAAGGUGAUGGUGUCUCGUGUGGCACGUGUGUGUAAAGGUGAUCUGGGGGGCUCUCAGCGUGUGUUAGAGAAGCAGUGGACAUCGUUUUUGAAGGCGAGACUGAACUGCUCUAUUCCAGGAGACUCUCACUUCUACUUUAACCUGCUGCAGUCCACCAGUCCAAUCAUACGCAUGCACGGCAGAGACAUAAUUCUUGGAGUUUUCUCCACUCCUCCCAACAGCAUCCCUGGCUCAGCGGUGUGUGCGUUCGACAUGCAGCAGUUGGCACGUGUGUUCGAAGGGAGGUUCAAGGAACAGAAGACUCCAGAAUCGAUCUGGACUCCUGUUCCAGAGGAGCUGGUGCCCAAGCCCAGGCCAGGGGGUUGUGCUGGUCAAGGCUCCAGGUUUAGUUCUUCAACCUCGUUUCCUGAUGAGGUCUUAAACUUCAUUAAGACCCAUCCACUCAUGGAUGAAGCAGUCCCUCUGCUGGGACACAGACCCUGGAUUGUUAAAACUAUGGUCAGGUAUCAGCUGAACACCAUGGUGGUGGAUACAGAGGCAGGACCACACAGAAACCGCACCGUGGUGUUCCUCGGGUCCACUAGAGGAACCGUUCUGAAAUUUCUCAUCACACCUGGAAAAGACAGCCCUUACUCCAGCAACAAUGUCUUUCUGGAGGAAUUAGAGGGCUAUAAUCCUGAAAGGUGUGGUGAUGAUUCUGUUCAGGCACGCCAGCCACUGUCUCUCAUACUGGACAGACAGAGUCAUACUCUUUUGUUAUCUUUCCACUCUUGUGUGGUGAGACUGCCUGUAGCCCGCUGCCAACUGCAUUCCCGCUGUAUGAAGAACUGUAUCUCCUCUAGAGAUCCUUACUGUGGCUGGACCAGAGGAAGCACUUGCUCUCUCCUCAGACCUGGUACCAGACUACCAUUUGUGCAGGAUGUUGAGUAUGGGAACACCACACAUCUUGGAGACUGUGAGGGUCUGCUCCAUGAGAGUUUUACAGAUGAACCAGAGAGCCUAGUGACUCUGAACCUGCUGGUGGUGGCCGCUGUUUCAGCGUUCUCCACUGGGGCGGCGCUCUCUGGCUUGGCUGUAUGCUGGAUUAUGAGUCAAAAGCACCGCCAUUGCUCUCGAAGUGAAUCUUCCUCCUCAGGCAGCCAGCGGAAGAGUGAAAAGGAGCGCAGCAUUCUGGGGCCCAGCACCAGUGGCUCAGUGCUGAGCGUGACAGAUCGGCCACGCCCACAGGGUGAAACACUGUUUGUAAUGCCUAAUGGUUGGACGAAGGCAGGGGAUCUGGACCCGGGUCUGCUACCCACACCUGAGCAGACUCCUCUGCAGCAGAAACGCCCAGCGCCCUCUCUCCGACUCUCUGACUCAGGCUCCGGCUGGGACCAGAGCCAGACCUACCUGAACUCUGUAGGUACCCAAUGUCCUCCCCCACCACCAUCAGCCAUCUUCCUCAGCUCUAAGCUCCUAGGUGACAGGCGGCAUGAAGAUGUCCUCGAGCGCCAGCGUUACGUUUCUCUCUCCAAGUAUCGUGAACAUGGAACGCGCCCGGGCACACUGUUGCGCAAAUCGGCAGGCGACUACAACUACCCAAUUACACCUCAGGACUCGCCUGACAGGAGGCGGGUGGUGUCAGCACCCAGCACACAGAUGGAGUACACUGGCGAGGCUCUGCGCUGGACCCACGAGAACUACAUCUUCCACGCCGUGCCGACCCCUGGACACCGUUACGCUGCAGGCACAGGGCAUCCAGCAAGCCUUGCACGUACUGUUCUGCACGGCUCUCGUGGCCUCAUGGACUUGGCGGAAUUCGGCCACCUGCUGGGCAAGGGAGGCAAUGAGCGUGCUCCUUCAGGCCAGUGAAUUAAAACAGAAAAUAAAAGAUCUGUGAAAAAAGGAAGGAAGCGGCGAAGGAGAAAACGUGCAGAGCGUAAAGCUUCAGAGCUACUGCAGUGCCAGCAGGAUCUGGCCAACAUCUUUCUGUUUUUCUCCAAUUUCUUUUUUUUUCUAGCUGUCUCUCUCUCCCCUCUUUCUUACUUUCAGAGCUCCUUUUCGAUCUAGAUCCCUCUGUCAUGCAAUGAUCAAUCACUGGAAAUGGAAAUGGCCUCCUCUCUGCCUCAUAGCUCAAGUUCCUGCAGACGAGUGCAAGCUAACAAACACAUGUAUAUAUACCUACAGCUUUUUCAGUCCACCCUCAAAGUCUUGCUAUGUGUCUUAACACACCUCGCUGGUCCUUCAUCAGAAGCAGAAGUACAGCAACAAACUGCAGCAUUUGUGACUGCAGCAGGGCUAAUGACGUCCAUAUCAAUUCCCAAGCACACACGCACUCUCCCUUUCUUUCUCUCUCUCUCUCUCUCUCUCUCUCUCUCUCUCUCUCUCUCUCUCUCUCUCUCUCCUUUCUCUCUCUUUCUCGCUCUCUCGCUCAUCAUUUAGAGAAUGUGCUGGCGUGUUCUCGUUCACUGGGGAUUUCUGAGCUGCUUGUAAUAAAACACUUUCAGCGAGGGUCGGCAGAGACAGCACGAAGGCAUCGAUUCCCACUGCAGUCUAGCCGCGGCGUAUACCUCAGCCCAUCCCAUUUUUCUUUUGGUUUUAUAAAUUGCUUUUUGUUUUACAGUGUUGAACUCACUUAAGUAGCAUCACCGCUCCUGACCGACGAUGCAGUGCCACACAUCAGCAGUAUUCAUGCUGGCAGGACAUAUAGAAUAAGAUGGGAGCAGUGCAUCUCCUUGACUGGACAAUGCUUGUUUGCAGAGCGGAAAAUACCUGAAAGAGGACGAACACGACUUAUCCACUAACUCAGAUUCUCUAUGAGUCUGUGCUACAGAGGGCCAGAAAGAGAGAAUGAAAGAGCAAGAUUAAAGACAGAAAGGGUUAAACAAAAAUGUGCAGCGAUUUAUAGCGAUUCUUCUCAAGUAGAGAAAAGGAAUGUUUUGAAAGUGAAUGAGGUGUUUUGGACUCCCGAAUGUUUUACAUUUGUAUUUUUGUGUACAGUUGUACAGUGAAUUACGUGCUCGAAACUGGACAGAAACGAAAACAGAAGAGAAAAGCAGUGUUGACCUUUAACUGAAUGUUCAUAUGGACAGUGUAUAGGCUACAUAGACGUAUUCACCAAGUUUUUUUUUUCGUUUUUAUUUUUUUUAUCCCAGUUAAGAGAAGGAGAGACCCAAAAUGAGCCUGUCUUCAUCUCCUCAGGGGAAGAAAGGGACUGAUGAACAACAGAGCUGAGCAAAACUGUGCCAAAUGAGGAAAACUGAUUGGAUUAACCCGGCGUGAGAUGUCAUUAAAUAUUGAGUGUUCCAGAGACACUUUGGCCUGUACUGUAUUAUAUAACCCAUUUUUUCGGUUGCUUCGUUGCUUCCGUGUUUUGUCUCAUUAUUAGGAUCUGCGUUUUUCGUUCAUCAUAAGAAGAACCUGUUUUAAAAGUAUUUUGGAUUUAAAAACUUUCCUCAUAUGUAUGGUUUAGCAGCUUGGGAGCAGAAAGGAGACAUUGACAAGAUUACUACAGAGUUCAAUAAAGAUUAACACGAUAAUCCGUAAAAAAAAAUGACCCUUAUAGAUACAUAUUGCAUAUGUGCAAGUACUUAGAAAGUAAGAAAGAAACAGACAAUCAUUUUACUCAAAACUCACUUGUAAUGGUGGUCUAAGGGUAGUUGUUGAGGCAAAAAAAUUAGAUUUCUUCUGUGUUAAACCACUGAGGCUCAUAUUAUACACAGAAGUGCCUCAGUUUCAGCCUGAUGGUGCACGAAUGCCCUUUACCUUUUAAGCUCCAGUGUAGGAAGUUAAAACUACAUAAGAAUGGCUUGGGUCGGAUAUUUUGAUUGGUAUUAUUAGUAUGAUCUCUCAUGUCUAUCUUUUUUUAUAUUUACAUUGUGAGAGUAUUGGUUGUUGUUUUAAAUUUGCAUAAUAUGAGUAGGUGCUUAGUUUAAACAGCUAUCAAGACAAGUUCAACAACUGCCAUUACACUUGUAUAAUAAGUCAGUUUGGAGUAAAUUGUUUUGUUAGUGUUUUUUAUUUAAUUUUUUUUUCCAGGAAGUGAUUUCAGAAACUGUUCUCUGUGGUAAUUGCACAUAUGCUACAAACAUAUGCAGUAGAUUACGAUAAAAAUAGUUGAAAAAAAACGAUGGAGUUAAAUUCCUGGUGCACACUCGUACAAGCGAGCAAGAGAUUUUUGAACAUAUGGGCAAUCUGCAUAAUGUAUAUGUAAUGCACGUGCUGCAAGAUAAAAACGCACGCACACAAACACAAAUGCUCACACACGGAGAACACCUGCAUUUUCAGUGUCUUGCUUUUUGGGAGAAGAUUCACACUGCUGCAUUCAUGCUUAGUUCCAGUCUUUAAGGGUUAAUUCUUUAAAGAUGUGCAAUAUUGGCACCAUAUGGCUACGGUUAAAGAGAGUGCGACCACACACAUGCACAAGCACAUACAGGAGGAACACACAAAUACAAAUUGUCAUAUGCUACACCUGUGAAAGUACAACUUAUGCUCUCACACACAUCAAUUUUAGUUCCAGAUCACAUGCAUUUGGAACGAUUGCAGCUUGACACUCCAAUCCCAUCGCGCACACACACACACACACACACACACACACACACACACACACACACACACACACACACGUGCAGCAUGACCGAACUUGAUUAAGGGAGCACAUUAUACAUUUAUAAAUUCAACUUGAACAACUUUCAUAUGUGUAUGAUUGCCCCAAGCAACAAUAAUAAACCCAGACUUAAAAUACAGAAAAAUAACCUAGUAGUUGAGAAAUGCAGGUCCAUGACCCCUUUAAUCAUAGGUCAGAAGUUCAGGGACCUGCAGUUUCUUUCACAAUGCUGCAUUUGCACCACAGUUGCUUUCCAUGCUUUCAUGAAACUAGUCACAUAGUGCAACACUAGUGAAUGCAGAUGUGAGAAUAUACAGCUGUUCAGUAUUCUGCGAUAAGCAAAUGACUAUUCCGUUGCUGUUGUGGUUGAAAUGGUACUGAUAAUGACAUUGCAUGAGGAAAAUCUUUUAAGUUUAAAAAUGUUUUUUUAAACUUGACUCAUUUUUUUAUGAAGAAAAUCUGAUCAGUCAGUAUUUAUAAGCUGCUGAAGUCUCAAAAUGAUCCUCUUAAUGGUUCACUUCGAAUACUUUGAAUUUUAAUUUGAAGUGUUUUCUAGACCUGAAAUGAUCAUAUAAUAUCCAUAUUGAUAUCGUUUUAGAAAAAAAAACUGUGAUUCAAAAAACUGCCAUGUAAUUGAUCUGGCUAGGUUUUUCAGUUCAGGCUUCUGUUUAUUAAUUUCAAACCCAGAAAUAUGCUCCGCCCACCUUGCAAGCUAAGUCUUACUUUAAACAUAUUUUUUUAAGAAUAAUAUUUGCCAAAAUACUGUCAAAUGACUGUCUUCCUAAAGGUGCAGCAUGUAAAUUGUUUCUAGAAUUUAUAAAAAAUAAAUUAAACCAUAGAGAGGAAAAAGUUACUGUGAUUUGCGAUACUGCCAUGCAAUUGAUUGGCAAAGUUUUGCUUUUCUUUCAGCCUUUAGUUUACAUUUCUUUGGUCCCAAAAAAAAACACAUACUGUACCUUUAGCAAGUCAGAUUUCAACUAUUCUAGCAACUAUUUACUAAACAGAAAUGACGAAAGUAUUUAGUUGCCCUAUAUACAUAUAUAAAACAAUAUUUGAUUGGGUUGUACCAUUUUUCACACUCAUGCAUAUAAUUCUGUGCCAUUGCAAUGCAAAUAAAAAAACUUUAGCAAAAGAUAAUUGAACAUUUUCUGUUGUGUAAUCUAAGAUUCUGUGGAUCAGUUCUGCAACAUGACACACUUGAAGUGCCAAAAUGUAACUUUGUAUUCAACUGGAUGCUGUUUGUAUCAAAAGGCAUCAACUUUGUCAUUAUUGUCGUGCUGUUUUGCUUUUAUUUAGUUUUUUUUUUUAAAUUUAGACAAUUCUUUCCGUUCCUUCUUGCAAGUCGUGUGUGUAUUUCUGUUAUCAUGUAACCAGUGUCUUUAUUUCCGUUUGUGUAGCAUGCCUGCUACAUUGAAGUUGGAAGUGCUGUUGUUUGGUAAAUCUGUUCAGCCGGGCCUUUACCACAACUGCCAUACCGUUACCUCAACUCGAGGCACUGUACUACACUCUCCGGGAAAAAGGCACAGCAACGAACCCUGAUUAUUAAUCAAUAACACUACUGUAUAUAUAUAAGCACAAGAGCGUUUUAUUUUUGGGAUCUGAAAUGACUGCUUAAUUUACUCAACCAUGACAGAAGGAUUUUUUUUUUUAUCUUUAAAUGUCGAUCGAACUGAGGAAUCGUGAACAAAAAUUUCCUGAACAAACUUUUUGUUCUCUUUGCAGUAAUUUCAGAUGACUCAGAAUUGAGUGGCAUUUCAGACUGAAGGGACGAAAAAAAAAAACGAUCCGUAUGGUGACUCAAAGAAUUGUACAUAGAUGAAAUAGUGACAUUUGAAGCAACAUCUUGUUUUCUCAUCCAUAUGUACAGAAGAUACAUGUAUGCAAAGUGUACAAGGCAAUUUUUUUGUAUUAAAAAACACCCACGUAUACACCUCUCUCUUACACAUACAUACACACACACACACACACACACACACACACACAUUACAUAGACACAAACAAUCACAGACUUAUUUUGUUCUGUAAAAUCGACAUGGAUAUUUUAUCAUUCUAAUAAACACAACGGAUUGUUCGUUUG